AUGAUAUGGUAUCUUUCAUAUCCAAUUUCAGUUUUGGAGAAAAUUUAUGGGUUUAAAGCUAUGGAAAAGAGUAAGGUGUUGAUCAAAGGUAAGAAGGGAACUACUAUGGGUAUUGUAUUGGUGUUUAUAGUCUUAGAAAUUCCAAUUAUAGCACCAAAAAUUCUUGAGCAAUUAGUUGGAGUUGUAUUAGUAAGAGAAGCAAUUUGGUAUAGAAUUUUUUGUGUGGUGUGGUCUACCUUGAUUACUCUAUUUGCCCUUGUAAAUCAAUCUGUCUUCUAUUUUGUGUGCAAGCCCUAUCAUCAUGACAAUAUUGAGAAGCCCUUAUUGGUUGAUAAUCUUAAAGGGUAUCUUGGGGAAUAUGUUCCUAUAAAGAUAGAGAUUAAAUAA